UUGGUAGGGGCCCAAGAGGCGGGGCUGGGGCGGGGCCUGCGAUGAGCUUGGCUCGGUGGGUCUCCACGGAGGCGGGGAAGGGGCGGGGCCUGUGGGGAGCUCUCGCUGGGCGGACCGUUCCGAGGGCGGGACUGGCGCUGGGCCUGCGGUGGGCAUCUGGCGAUGCGGCACGGGUGCUGCGGGGCAUACAGACGCGCGUUCAAUUUGACCGAGGGAGGCACUUACUGGCGAGCGGCCGCGGGGACUCCCAGGCGCGGCGGUGCCUCAAGGUGGUGAAGGUCACAGGGCUGCAGGACUCCCGCGGCAGCUGUGGGAGGCAGGCCCAGCCCCGCGUCUUCCGCCCACCACCCUGAGUUGGAUCCAGGGCUCUCUGCUGUCCACCUCCCCACUUCCACGCUGUCCUCCUGCCUGCAGCCAUGAUGCCCCUGCUCACCCUGUUCCUGGUGGCCCUCAUGGGACUACCUCUGGCCCCGGCCCUGGACUGCCAUGUGUGUGCCUACAAUGGAGACAACUGCUUCAACCCUGUUCGCUGCCCGGCUAUGGUCGCCUACUGCAUGACCACGCGCACCUACUACACCCCCACCAGGAUGAAGGUGAGCAAGUCCUGCGUACCCAGCUGCUUCGAGACCGUGUACGAUGGCUACUCCAAGCACGCGUCCACCACCUCUUGCUGCCAAUAUGACCUCUGUAACGGCGCCGGCUUUGCCGCCCCAGCGACCCUGGCCCUGGCCCCCAUCCUCCUGGCCACCCUCUGGGGUCUGCUCUAAAGCCCCCCAGGCAGACCCAGUCAAGAACAAAGCUCUCAGGAGACACUGCUGCACCCUCGCACCCCGCUCGCCCCACCUCACUCUCUGCCCUCCCUGAGACCUCCUCAGCCAUGCCCAGGGCCUGGGCCUGUGGCCAAGAGGACGCCUGACCCCAGCCACCUCUCCCCCAACCACCACCGACCUCACUUCGAGGCCUUGACCUUUGGUUUCCUAAAGACUGAUGUGUGGGGUCCCAAAAGUGUCUGGCCUUGGUGGGCUCAGCCCCUCGCCUGUCCAGGGCUGGGGGCUUCUGGCACAGUGCUGUUUAUGGGCAGGGACCCAGUCAGACGAGGAGCACUGAGCAAAUGGGUGCUGUGAUCAAGCUCACCUUCUGGGAAGGCCCCUGCCUCCGCCUGCCAGGCUGUGCUGGGGCAGGGAAAGAUGAGGGACUUGGUGAGGACUCCAGAGGAAGAACUCUUCCAGGCCAAGGACGGCUGCCAUACUUCCUCCUGAGGCCAGGAGCUGCGGGGCGGGUGCGGGACCCAGCUGCGAGAGGAAGGCCUUGGGCACUGUCCUUCCUGGCAGCGAGGAAGGCUGCCAGGCCGCCUGGGAACCACCCCUCGCAGGGGAGGGGGCGGCUCUGCCUCAGCAGGCCCCCAAGACCUCCGAAGCUGCAGAGGCUUUUCCAGGUCCAAUAAGGGGGUCUGUGUCCUCUCUGUCAAACCCCUUGACCUUUCCCACCCCCUCACAGGGAGGGCACCGGGCCUGAGGCUGGCAGGAGCUGGGCUGUGCUAUAUUUGGUGUGUCCUGGUCGCUGCCCAGGCCAGUGCUAUUCUGGGCAGGAAGGGAAAGGGGCAGGGCAGGGCAGGUGGCCUGCUGAGGCCUGGUCCACAAUCACAGCAGCACCUGGUGGAGCAGGGCUGGGAGCUGCACCGAUAGGCCCGGGGUCAGGAGCAGCGUGGGGCAGGCAAGGGCGUGGGGAGGUGGGAGCGUGCUGCCCUCUUGUGGCCACAAGAGGGCAGGGGUGAGGUGGGCGGAGACCAAGCCCCUCCCCACAGCGGGACUGGGUCAGUGAGUGGGUGCCCCAGCGCCUUGCACCUGGGACUGCUUUGGCAGGGAGGGUAGGGCGGAAGCCCCAGCUGGGGGUGGGGAUUCCUAGAGCCUCCCAGGGAAUGGGGGCAUGAGACCUUUUAGUGCCAUGAGUCACGCUGCAGCCGAGGCCCCCACCUGAGCAGUGCCCCCCGGCUCUGGUGUCCUCAGAGGAGCUCUUCAAGCCGUCCUGCAGGGGCAGGAUGGAAACAGACGUCCGUGCAGUGAUACUGCCCCUGCCCCAAAGUGUGGCCCUGGUCGGGGAGCCCCUGCUGGAAAUGGCAUCUUGAGAGCUUUGAUGUGGGACCCCGGGGGGAUGGGGGAUGACAGUCUGCAUGCACCCCAGGGGUCUCCCUGCAGCCAGUCUGCAUGCAGGCUGCGUUCUGCUCCUGGGGCUGGGGCUGAUUGUCGGCCCUGAGGACAUGAGGACAGGAGGGGGGCAGAGUCUUUUGCCGAGACACCCGGUUCCUCUGGAGGAGAGCAGUGUGGGAACGGGCCUGGAAUGGGAGGAAUGUGACUCCCCAGAGUGAAGAUGGGCAUCGUACAGGCCAGGAGCUGGGAAGGAGCUGCUGCCAGCAUGCCCCUCGCCCCUACCCCCAGAGCAGGCCUGGCCUGGGGCGGCUGCGAGAGUGCCAGGUGCCUCCUGAGGCCUCUCACCUGCAGCCGGCAAGGCCUCGAAAUGUUUGCUGGGAGGGAAGUGGCUUUGGGCCCUCCAGCCCCAAAGGCUCCCUGUCCUUGGGAAGCCUGGGAACAGUCACUGCACCUCGAGCAAGCCUCUAGUCCAGUCGGGUGACUUCCUGGGCCAGGGCUGGGAGGGGCUCCCCAAUCAGGUCCUCCCUGUCUCAUGGCUCAGUGGGGUGAUGGGGAGGAGGCCUGGCCACCCGAGGCUCAGCGGCAGCUGAGAACAAGGAGCUGCAGGAGCUUCGAGUGCCAUGGUGUUGAGGGGUGGGGUGGGCAGCUUCUUACCCCUGCCUCCUGCCUCCAUCUGUCCACCGUUCCCCCACCCUGACCUGCCCCAGCUCCACACCGACAGCCCUGUCCCCAGCCCCACAGACCGUACUGCAUGGCUGGCCUGCCCUGGUCACCUGGCACAGAGCACACAGGAGGUGAAUGCUGGCCAGGCCCGCUCCUGGGGAGUCCAUGGUGUGCCGCAGGGUCCGGGCAGCAGCGCCAGCGGAAACCACACCAGUACGCGGGUCCCGUUGGGUCCAUCAAGGUGGCGGUGGACGGGGGCCCCCCACUGCACUGUGGCUCUGAGCACUGAAUAGAAGCCCUGCAAGAUGGGAGCCAUUAUCCUGCCCCCUUGAUGGGGAGGAAACUGAAGCACAGGGAGGUGAAACAGCUGCCCCCAGUAGCACCUCCUGGCCCUUUCACCACCCAGGCACCAUGGCGCAGCUGCUUCUCCCACCAGCUGGGGUUCCUUGGACCCCCAAGCCUGGGAAGGGGUAGGUAAGUUUGCAAAAUGGAAAGCUUAGAAGAAGCAACGUGGAACGGGAGGUUUGAGAAUCCCUGGGUCAUAGGGUAAGCCUCGGCGCUGCCUGUGGGUGCCAGGCUAAGUGGGAGUAGAGGGAGAGGUGCCAGCCACCCCAGGGGCCCGGUAACCCUCAGCACCGCCUCUGGGUGCCAGGCUAAGUGGGAGUAGAGGGAGAGGUACCGGCCACCCUGGGGGCCCAGUUCCCACUUCGGGUAUCUCACUGGCAGAACCGAGGGCCCCUCGAUGGGGUACAUGCCCAGGGCUAUCUGUGCCGCUGUCUGUGUGUCCUGGAAGUUCCAAGUGGCUCAGGAGUGGCUGCUUGGGAGGCUCUGGCUCCCUAGAUGUUAUACCUUCUCCUGGGAACUGGAAUCAGCCGCUAAGAAGAAGCGAGAGCUGCAGGGGGUGACCUUGGGCUGGGACCUGGGGACGUGGCCAGGUCAGCAUGGCCAGAUCUAGCAGGAAACCAGAUCUAGCAGGAGCGCCGGUCUGGCCUGGGGUCUAUGGGGGCGGAGCUGCAGCCCUGGGCAGGCUUCCUCCAGGUGGGGGUCCCGGGGAAGUGGGGCCGGGCCUGCUGCGACCUCCCCCAGGUAGUGUCUGAUUCACCUUCUCUCAUGAAGGUGAUUAGGUUCAAAAUUCUAAAACUCUGAAAAUGGUCAGAAGAAGCAGAGAGGCCCCCAUGUUGGACAUGCCAGGCUGUUCUGCGGGUGCUUGGUUUCACUACUCGUGGGCAUAAGUGUUGGCUAAACGGAUGGCGCCUUUCCCUCCUGUCUUAUGUCCUGGGGUCCAGGCACUUCCUAAGGCCAUGCCCUGCUGCUAAUGCUUGCCCAACCCUAACCCUAACCAGGACAUGGACUUCCACCCCCAGGCCGCUCUCUCCCUGGCCCACCAUGUACCCAGCACCCAGGAGAGGUCCAGCCAGCAUCUCACUGAGCAGUGAAUAAAUGAACAGAUUCUCAUUGUC